AUGAGCAGAGUCUUCUUCCAAGUGGACAAGCAAGCAAUGCAGGGAAUGAAAGACAAGUCUCCAAAGUGUGAUUCCACUAUCAAAUCUAUAACUGACUCUGCUUGCUCUGCAGAGUCUUCAUCUUCUUCUUCUAAGCAGGUGAGAAGAUUUUCCAGCGUUUCGAAAUCUUUCAAGAAGGAUGAUAAAGAAAACAAUGACAAGCAGCUCAAACAGGCCGAAGAGUCACUCAGGACAGUCAUGUACUUGAGCUGUUGGGCUUAUGUUUAA